GGAAAAACCAGUUUGGAGACAUUCAGCCAGUCACCCUCCCUCCAGCCUGAUUCUCUUGUCUUCCACCCUGCACAGCAGAUGGUUUGAUUGACUUCUACCAGGCAGACCAUGGACUUCUCUCAGUCGUUCUCAGCCCUCAACGAGAAGCUGAAACCUCGAGUCACCACCAGCGAGCAGCUCUACUCGUCCCUGAACAGAGUGGAGGACAGACAGCUGGGCUCACUCGGGAUCAGAACAUCUUACCGACCAACAGUUCUGCCCGCUGAUCCUAAAGGUCUAGUGAUCAUGACAGAGCCACAUGGUCCACUGGAACCUGAGGCGGACGCAGAGCAGGAGGAUCUGGUGUCUGACAACCUGGGAGAGGGGAACUGUGCAGACAUGAGGCUCAACACAUGCCUCAUCAGUGGGCUGAAUUUGAAAGAUGUGGGCGAUGAGGAGCUGGCUGACGAGGACAGCAGCUCCUCACAGUCUGAGGAGAAGGACAGUCAAGGGGAACUGCCAACUGAGGGGACGACAAACUCCUCAGGGUCGAGACCCUCCAGCAGUGAAGGUGGGAGCUCCUUGCAGAUGAGCUUCGUCGAUGGGACUUUACCAGACCUGCUGAACAGCGGCAAACCUCUCAGCAGACGCAGGACACUGGGACAUGUCUCAGCCACGCUGAACGAAGUGCGCAGAGAAGUAGAGCUGUCCCGCAGACGAAGCAUCAAGCUGAAGGCUCAGGUGGACAAACUCCAUGAGAACAGGUCAGGGAGAGGCUGGAGUCAAGGCAGAGAGAGGGUCACAGAGGAGAUCCUGUCCGCUGUGCGGCUGCUGAACUCGCUCACGGAGCAAAAGUCCAGCCCCCCCGACCCGUCUCAGAGGGACAACGGCCUGGACAGUGCCCUGAUCCAGCUGCAGAAUGUGGCCAGGAGUCUGGCCAUCAGCCACACCAAGCAGGGGUUCAGAUCUGGAGGAGGAAGAGGAGGAGAGGACAGUGCCAUUCUUGAGCAGGCGCUGCGGGAUAGAGACGACGCCAUGGAGAAGAAGAAGGCGAUGGAGGCCGAGCUGCUGCGGAGCAAGACGGAGAUGAUGCUGCUGAACAACCAGCUGCUGGAGGCCGUGCAGAAACGUCUGGAGCUGUCGCUGGAGGUCGACGCCUGGAAGGAGGAUGUUCAGCGGAUCCUCCAGCAGCAGCUGCAGAGUCAGCAGCUGGCGGAGCAGUCCCAGAGGAAGCAGUCCCGAACCCUGGGCAUCCUGAGGAGAAACCGACCAAUCACCCAGCGGCCGACCAUUGUCCCUCCGUCUGCGGCCACGCCUCACACAACCAACACAAACCAAAUCUUCAUCCCCAGAGCUUUGGAGCCCCCUGCUCCACCUCCCAGCACGCCUUCUCCGAGCUUCACUCGUCGCAACUGGAUGGACAAGCUGAGGAGGGGCAAGACCACUCGAGACCCAGCGGGGCAGGAUUCAGAGCGGGGCAAUGACGACGGGUUCCAGGCCGUGUGUCUCGAUUGAAACCGUGAUGAGUCGGUACAUUCACUCUGAUACACAACUGUGGUGUCUGACAUUUGACUCUUCCUCAGUCACAGAUGUGUUCUGUGUGUGUGCAGCCGUCUGAAGGGGGAACGUUUCUCUCUGCUCACUUUAGAUCUGAGUGUGAGCCGAGCAGCACUCUGUGACAGCUUGUUUGGAAGCAGCUUUUAGAAGUGCGAUGUGGAAACUUAAAGCUGCGGACACACAUGGACACAGAGCUUCCAUUACCUUUUGAUAUGAGCAAUAUUUACAUGUUCAUGGAUUGUGGAUUUUUUCUAUUGAACAUUUUAAGAGAAGUAAGAAAAACAUUAUCCGGCACAAACUAUAGUUUUCCUGGGAGCACCUGCUUUGGAUCUUUGCCUAAUGUAAUUUAUAUAUUUGAAAUGAGCCACGUAUCUGUUUAAUACUGUUACCACUUGAACGCUUUACACUAUCUCCUGAAUACUGUUGUGUUGUAUAGUAAAGGAAUGUCUCAGUGACACUGCAGUUUAUUUUGUAAGAAACUGUCAACAUGUCAACUCUAAUCCUUCGUUUCUGCACCUUCGCCUGCUGCAUUUUCAAUAUUCAAAAGAAGAAAAUAAACUUUGUUGCAGA